ACGCCCCACAGACGUACCUCUUUGCAAUUUCAUCGUCCAGCUAUUCCCAAUUCCCCGUCCACUCCCCACGGCCCGAAAUUUCAUCUCGACGCCUUCGGCCGUCACCAUGACCGACGCCGCCGCCUCGUCUUCCCGCCGGAGGAUGGAGGCCGUCCGCCGCCAUCUCCUCCCUCGGCCUCCGCCCGUCCUUAGCCUGAAUCAGCUAAGCGCCCCGGAGGCAGGACAGAGCCCGGUGAUCAUCGGCGGAAUGGUGCUGGACAUCCACGCGAAGCCAUCCGUGCCGUCACAUCCUGGCACCACCGUUCCUGGGAUGGUUAAGUACAUCGGUGGGGGAGUAGCUAGAAAUAUUGCUGAGUGCAUGGCUAAGCUUGGGACUCAACCACUCAUGAUUAGUGUCAUUGGAGAUGAUAUGGCAGGGGAUUUUCUAUUGAAGUACUGGAGGUUGGCUGGACUAUGUACAGAUGGAAUACUGCAGGUUCCUGAUGUUACAACCCCAGUAGUGUCAAAUGUAUUUGAUGGGAAUGGAGAAUUAUUUGCUGGUGUUGCGAGUGUGCAAGCAGUUGAAACUUUUCUUACCCCUACCUGGAUAUAUCAGUUCUACCGCCGCAUCUCCAUUGCACCUCUACUAAUGCUUGAUGCCAAUUUAUCUCCUGAGUCACUUCAAGCCGCUUGCAAAAUAGCAUAUGAAUCAGGGGUGCCUGUGUUAUUUGAGCCUGUCUCGGUGGUAAAAAGUUCAAGAAUCGCACCAAUUGCGGAACAUAUAACUUGCACUUCCCCGAAUGAGAUUGAGCUUAUUGCCAUGGCAAACGCACUGUCUACUCCAGGGAAAUACAACUUCGUCAAACUUGAGCAGUGCAGCAACAAAGCAGAAUCUGUAGAUUAUUUGUUUGAAAUGCUCAGCCCAGCAAUGUUUUUUCUUCUCGAAAAGGGCAUCAAGCUUCUCCUGGUGACACUUGGCUCGAAUGGUGUUUUCAUAUGUUGCAGAGAGCACGUCAACUUCAUGAAGGAUCCGAAAAGGUGUAAAGUGACACCUUUCUCAACUCAGCUACUUGAAAAAUUGGAGGGAUGUUCUCUAUCCAGCAUGCCUGUUAAUUUGUCUAGAGAAGGUUCUUCCAGAACUUGUGUUUUCCAUUUACCUGCAACAUCUGCCUCAGUGGUCAGCCUCACAGGCGCGGGUGAUUGUUUGGUUGGUGGGUUCCUUUCAUCUCUAUGUGGGGGAUUGGAUAUUAUGCAAAGUGUUGCAGUUGGGAUUGCUGUAGCAAAGGCGUCCGUUGAAUCUGAAGCUAACAUACCUGCCAAUUUUUCUGCUGCAAGCAUCGCAGAUGAGGCAAGAAGGACGCUGCUAUCAGCUAGACAGAUAUGGUGCCAAUAAAUAGAGGACCACUGCAAACAUUUUGGUGUUAUUUUCAUUCGAGUUAGGAGAGAGAAUUUGUCAUGUGACAGUUCAUUUUUCUUCUUCUGAAUGGUUGGAUGUGCCUUCGAGUGCAUAGCAGCGCCAUAAAUGUGCCUGCCAAAAAGAUGUGUUGUAACUAAUGAUUAUUUGUUGAGCCUGUAGGUCAGGCGCCUGAAAAUUAUUUCCAGUUUC